UCCUAGCCUGUCAAUUUUCAGUAGCAAGCUAAAGGUCUCCUGGAGCUCUCUGAAAUCUAUCUCAGAUCUAAUGGAAAAUCAUGUGCCCUACAUGCAUAACAAGCUGACUUUCUCUCUCUGGGAUUAUGGCGUAUUUGCAGCAAUGCUAUUGGGUUCUACAGGCAUUGGACUGUUCUAUUCUCUGUUUCGUGGCGGGCAGAAAACCUCUGAUGACUUUUUUACUGGAGGCAGGAGUAUGUCAGCUGUCCCAGUCGGUUUGUCACUCGCUGCCAGCUUUAUGUCUGCUGUGCAAGUGCUUGGAGUUCCAGCUGAAACCUAUCUUUAUGGCGCCAAGUUCCUCCAGAUGUGCCUUGGUCAGAUAUUAAACAGCUUAAUUACCGCCUACAUCUUUAUGCCAGUGUUCUACAGGCUGGGGAUCACCAGCACCUACCAAUAUUUGGCGAUGAGGUUUUCAAGAAGUGUUCAGCUCUGUGGCACUAUCCAGUUCCUUGUGGGCACUAUGUUAUACACUGGAAUUGUGAUCUAUGCUCCUGCACUAAUCCUGAACCAAGUAACUGGGCUGGACAUUUGGGCAUCUCUGUUUUCAACUGGAGCAAUAUGUACAUUAUAUACAACCCUGGGAGGUAUGAAAGCUGUGAUCUGGACAGAUGUGUUCCAGGUGCUGGUUAUGAUUUCUGGAUUCCUUGCGAUAAUUAUUCGUGGUGUUUUGCUAGUGGGCGGAGCCACUAAAGUAUUGGAUACUGCAAGAAACUACUCCAGGAUUAAUUUUGGGGACUUUGAUCCAGAUCCCCGAAGGCGCUACACUUUCUGGACCUUUUUAUUUGGAAGCACAUUCCUGUGGCUGUCAAUGUAUGGGGUUCAUCAAGCACAAGUUCAGCGCUAUAUAUCCUGUAAAACCGAAGGGCAAGCAAAAUUAGCGAUCCUAGUGAAUCAAGUGGCCCUGUGCGUCAUUGUGUCAUGUGCGGUCAUCUGUGGAAUAGUAAUGUUCGCACUUUACUUAAACUGUGACCCUUUACUGGCUGGCUAUGUCUCUGCCCCCGACCAGUACAUCCCAUUCAUGGUGCUGGAAAUAUUUGAACAUUAUCCUGGAAUCCCUGGUCUCUUCCUAGCUAGUGCAUACAGUGGAACGCUCAGCACAGCAUCUACAAGCAUCAACGCCAUGGCUGCGGUAACAGUGGAGGAUCUCAUUAAGCCAUAUAAGUCACAGAUUUCUAUGAAAAACCUAAUAUACAUUUCAAAGGGACUCUCUCUCUUUUAUGGAUGUGCAUGCAUUACAGUAGCUGCCUUGUCAUCACUACUUGGUGGUGGUGUUCUACAGGGCUCCUUUACAAUAAUGGGAGUUAUCAGUGGCCCACUCCUUGGAGCAUUUAUCCUAGGGAUGUUUACCACUUCAUGUAACACGACGGGUGUGUUCUCCGGGCUUGCUGUAGGAUUUAGUUUAUCUUUUUGGGUAGCAGUUGGUGGUACCCUCUACCCCCCAUCCCCAGAGAUGAUGGGAGUUCUGCCCACCUAUGCUGAACACUGCCCUCUCUACAACUCAAGUGAUGGCAUCAUCUAUGGCUCUCCUCCUCCAAGGAACAUUACUACAGCUCUAGACAGGACAAUUAUCGCUGAUCAAUUCUACUCUUUAUCGUACCUGUACUAUGGUGCACUGGGCACCCUAAGUACAGUUGUAACUGGAGCUAUAAUUAGUCAGCUGACAGGUCCUACCAAAAAAGAAACACUAGCCCAUGGUUUGCUAUGGUGGGACUUGGUAUGGGACUCCAACUUAUUAUCAGUUGAGAAGAAAACAAACUCUGAGAAGGAUUCUCAAACAGAAGAUAAGAUCAAUCUAGGUUCUACAUUUCAAGCUGACCACAAGUUCCUGAAUUCAGAAAAUAUUGGCAACAUGCUGAAUCCAGAGACUACCUUUUACUCGCACAAAGACUCAAAGGAUCUUCCCAAGACUUGCACUGCGUUUUGGCCCAUGAACAAAGUGGACAGAGAGUCUUAUUUAUAAGUUGAUACGCUUCAGCAAAUCUAUGUAGUCCAUGCUCAUAUUCAAUGUGUAUAGUAUAUUUAGAAUCC